CAAAUUGAGAAAUCAUUUGUUGAGUAAAAGAAGUGAAGGAGCUGUUUCUGCCUUGCGUGAGAGGAUCCCACUGCGUCGGUGGCUUGGAUCACGGGCCACUUUGUCUUUCUUGGAGUUCAAUUAAAAGCAACCUACGCUAUGAGGUGCCUCAAAUCGAUGUGACCUAAGAAUUUUAUGCAGCACCAGCCAGCUUCAUCAGCAGAUCCUGCAGACGGGCACAUUCACCAAACACAAGAAGGUGCUGGUGAUGAAGCAGCCUAUGUGUAUGUGGACCUCAGCGGGAUCAAGAACGACUUGAUUCCUGCUGUUGGAGCACGGAUCUCCAUCAGGGGACUAGACACUGCCACACCGGAGGUUGAAUUGGGAGACGGCAAAGUCUUGCGGGGAGAGUAUGAAGACUCAAUAGGAUCCCUGAUGUUCUUUGCCCGAGAGCAGUCACAGCCCAGCUCAAUUUCCCGGCCAAUGGAAAUACCAGAAGGCACAGUGGAAGAAGUCACAGGAACAGGCGAUGAAGCUGGGCCCUCAGAGGCAGGAGGUGCAAACACUCAGCGCACAUCAGCUGUGCAGGAGGACAGUGCUAGGGAGCCAUGUCAACUCUUGUGCCACACUGAGCAAGUAUUGAAAGUUGUGAUGCCACCCUCUGACCCUUCUUGAGGGUGAUUUUCGAGUCCGAUGGGGGUACUGGAGAUUGCUGACAGAUUGUGCUAAUGGAGAAUUUGCAGCGACAUCUGAUAACUACAAUAAACAUGUGUCUGCACCAUCGAAAGCUGCUACAAGUCGCAAUGGCAACUUUUGAUGUAAACUAAGAGUGUAAUUUGCGAGGGU